UAUUGAUCGGAAAUAAUAGGGCAAGAGACUCAUACUUGUGGGCGAUUGUGUGGGCGAAGACCUCGACACACCGCUCAGGUACAGGCAGCUCGCAGUACGGCAUGUCUUUCUAUGCCUGAUGAAACAACCAACCACUGGCGGUCGAGCAGCCAAACCCCGCCAGCCUGUGAAGCACACCAAAACCUUUACUGCCUGCUGGACGUGUCGCAACAGGCAUGUUAAGUGCGAUGAAGGGCGUCCUGAAUGUGCGCGUUGUCUGAAGGGUGGCUUCACAUGCCAGGGUUAUGGCAUCCGACUUGUCUGGGUUGAUCCCAAUACCCAGGAACGCGAGCAGAAUAUCAGACGGGUGAUUGGUGCCCCGGCUAUCUACGAUGAAGAUUCUGGGUUUAUGCAAGUCAAUGUCAUUGAGGCACUUGAUGCGAUAGAAAACCUUUCGACGAGCGCGACAGGACUAUCCGCAGGUCCAUUUUCAGUUUUCCCUGUGGAAGGAUACGAUCCAAGAGACGUUCCCUACCACGAGACUACGUGUGAGAAUGCACAGCAAAGUCAAGAUGAUUUUCCUGUCCACGGGUCGCAGACACUGUCAUUCGAUCGACUUGAUGAGGAAGACGAUAUCGAGACCAUCUUCUCUCCUUCGAUCACAAGCCCAUCCACAUACCACGACGAAUCUAACUCAACCAUUAUUCCCUUCCACUCGAUUCAAGACUUGGCCUCGUCAACAAACCUCCUAAUCCCGCGCCAUCUCGACCUCCUUCCCCGUCCUACUGAACAGCGCGAAUUAAUCCACCAUUGGACGACUUUCGUCACAUGGCAUCUCGUCCCAGUUGACCGCCCAGACAACCCCUUCCGCAGCGUCUUCACGCCCAUGGCUCUCGCAGGCCUCGCCUCCCCGUCGAGCCAUUCCAAUGGACAAAUCGCGCUCUUCCACGCCCUUUGCGCCACGGCCGCAUUCAGCCGUAGUCAGCUCCUGAACGGUGAUUCCCAAGCCCUCACUCUCGCCAUGAAACACUACAACCUAGCAAUAAUGCACUUACGCCACAGCCUUGCGAACCUCAAGUCGAACCCCGAGGUCGACGUCCAGCGUGGAUCCAUCCUUGCCACCAUCACCAUGUUUUCCGCCAUGGACAUGAUCACAGGCCGCUCCUCCGAAUGGCGCACGCACCUCCAAGGCGGCGCCUCCUGGUUAUCUACAAUCGAGGGCAACGUCUGGGACCGCGACAAGUCCUCGUCAAUGGUAUAUCAAGGCUACCUCGCCAUUGCGGCGUUAUGUAACAUCAAUCUGCCGUCCACCGUCGACGUCGAAUCCGAAGAUUUCCUUGACGAGCGACACUACGUGCUGGAUCGCUUCUUCGGCCUGACGCGCCCGAUUCUCAAACACAUUGUUAUGAUGAAUUCGCUGAUCAACCGCGUCUCUACAGCUGAUCCGGACGCGAGCGCUGAAAUGCUCGACGAUUUUGAGAUGCAACUGUACAUGCAGUCGCCGGAUACGCUGGAUCUAGAGAACCUCGACCCCGUGGCGCAAGCAUUGACCCGGAACCAUGCAUACGUGUUCUACUACGCGAGUCUCAUAUACUUUCAGCGCACGCUGCGAAGGCGGCCUCCAGACGAUGUCCAGGAUAUUGUUGAAAUUGCUGUUGGUCACCUCGAAGACAUCGAAGCUCUCGGUGGUGAUGCCAUUGGAUGCACGCUGGUGUGGCCGCCGUUCAUCGUGGCUUGUGAGUGUCUCAGCACAGAUUUGCAGCAGCGCAUGAGGGCGUGGUACAUGGUCAAGCGGAGGCAUGGGUUUAGAAACCUCGAUUUCUCUAAGGACAUAGCCGAGGAGCUGUGGCGGAGAAGAAGUGCUGCACCGCCAGACAUGGACAUACAGUGGCAGGACGUUUUGAAGGAUCUGAAGAUGGAUAUUGUACUUGCAUGAUUAUCACAGCAUUUGUAGUUCUUGACUGAAUGGCUGAUAGCCUUCAUCACGAGCCUGUCUGCGGGAAAUUGACUAUCCAAGGUAGAGGCUGUUGAUGAUGAUUGUAUA